AUUUCAAUGGAGAUCCUCCCCCAACUCCCUCCUCCUCCUCCUCGCCCUCCUCCUCCUCCUCCUCCUCCGCGGCUCCGCACUUGCCGAGAGACACAGACCGCGCGAGCAGGGGAGGGGGCUCCGGGCCCGCCAGCCAGUCCCUCCCUCCGCGUCCCCGGCCGCGGUCGCCCGGGCGCUGUCACUGGGGAAGGCGCGGGGCGGAAACUUGCCUCCCGCGCCCCCGAGGCGCGGGCCGACGCGUACGGGGGUUCCUGCGGGGAGCGGACCCUGGCCGCGGGGCCCGCAGCAUCUCCGUCGGCCGCGUCCUUUGGGAAGUCAGCCUCGGGAGAGGUGAAGAGCGAGGGGACAAAAUGGUGGGAAGUCCACUCCAGAUGUCCGCAGGGAAACGCAGGAAACUGGCACACAAAAUGCUGGAACCCCCACCAACCCCCCACCAACGUGUUAUUUAUUGUAGCUUUAGGCUUGGAAAAGCAAGUUUCUAUCAAUUUAGAUAAAAUUUUUUUAAAAUGAGCAACGGCAGUUAUCAAAUGUGAAAGCGACACAUUUCCUGAAGUGUUAUAAUGAGAAGGGUCAUUUGCUAUAGACAAUAAUGUUCGCUGAACACUUACUAUGUGCCUUGUACUGUGCUGAGUGAUUUAUAUACAUUAUUUUCACCCUCCAGCUUUAUGAAGUUUUUACCAUUUCUAUUCCUCACAAAAAGGAAAAUAAAAAACCGAAGCUUUAAGGAGUGAUUUUCCUGUGAUCAGGACAGCCCGGAAGAUGGAGGUUUGAGUAGCAAGCUUCAAAGCCUAUGCUUUUUAAAAAUUUAUUUAUUUUCCGGUACUGGGGAUUGAACUGAGGACCUUACACUCGCCAGGCAAGUACUUAUUCUGAGCUAUCUCCCCGCUCCUAAAGCCCAUACUUUUAAUCGUGUUUUUAACAUUCAGUUUGUGGAAACACAUCCAUUAUUUGAGUAAAAAAAAAAUAGUGUAAAUGCCUACUUGACUAAAGGUAGGAAAUACUUAGAGGACUAUAACAACUGUUAUAGUUGAGGAGACUGUAAUAAGUAUAGUAAGUAGUAGGGUACUCCCAAUAUUUAUAUCGUACACUUACCUAGUGUUUGAAAUGUUUGUGUUGACCAUGUGUUAACAUAGAAAAUUUUUUAAAUAUAUUUUAAUUAGCUGGACUAGCAGAACUAUGUUCUCUGAAAACCCAGCACAUUCCCAAAACUUUGGAGAGGAAACAGGAAAUGGAGUGUUUUUAUGCCUUGUCUUCCUCUACUAAUGCUAGUUUGUCGUGUUCCAGCAGUGAGGUCUACCCCAGUGCUCUGCUCAGAUUUUCUGUUCUGCCCUCAUGCCCAACUGUGAGUUAUCAGGAGUUUGGAAAAGAUUCUCCUUGCUUUCCCCCGCUCCCGUUUUGGGCAGAAGUCCAAAGUCCAACAGUCCUCUGCAACAGAAGAUUUCACAUUUUCAAAAACUACCCUGAUACCUGUGCCAGUAAGUGACUCCCCAUUGCACUGCCAUAUUAAUAAAACUUCCCGCAUGUUUAAGAUACAUGACUGUUUCCACCAAAAAAUAAACAACAAACUGACAGCCUAGUGUUAUGAUUUCCAUGUCCAACUGCUACCCAGCUGCCUUGCACUUGGAGGACUCAGGUAACGUCUCUCUAAUCUCUGGGCUCCCUCUG